AUGUCGGCCUCCGAAUCGUCUUCACAGUCCGCAUCCACCGGCGGUCCCAGGACAAGGAGACCGUGGGCACCGGCCGAGGACGCGGUGCUGCAGGCUCUCGUCAGCCAUUACGGCGAUGCCCGUGGAUCUAGCGGAGCCUGGAAGGAGAUAUCAGCUGCUAUCUCUAAUCGCACCGCUAAGGGACGGUGGACGGCAGAAGAAGACCAGACUCUCCUCGCGGCAUAUACUCGACUGGGACCAGUCUGGCAUGAUAUUGCUGCCCUGAUCCCCGGUCGGAAAGAUGACCAGUGCUCUAAGCGAUACAACGAGAUCCUCAAUCCACUGGUUAGCAACCGGCUGACCGACUGGACCGCCCGGGAAGACGACCUUCUCCGCCAAGGCGUCCACGCCCUCGGCCAUCGCUGGUCCGCCAUCUCAUCACGGAUCCCCGGCCGGCCGCCAUUGACAUGUCGCAACCGUUGGCGCACGCUCUCCAGGUCGGCGUCAAUGCGGCGGAGCCAGGAGCUGUUGGCCUCCAUCCAGAGUCCCGCCGACCUGUGCCACGAGACCAGCAGCGAGAAGCAGGCCUCUGCCGAAUUCUCCAGUCUCUUUAGCGAGCUGGACGACCAACUGGCUGAUCGAGAACACGACAGCCACGGAUUCAUCGCCUCUGCUCUCUACGACACACCCUUCUCGGCUGGCACGGAGUCUCAGUCGGCCAUUGACCUAACCGACCACCAGCCCCUGCUCCUUGGUGGUAUGGAGGCACAGACAAGCCCAGAACAGACCUCGUUUGCAGCGUCAAGGCCCGACUGGUCUGCCUGUUUGACCCGGCCUUCACACAUGCAUCAUGGUAACCAUUCGGCAUGGAUGGGGCCGCCACUACUCUCGCCCGACUCUACGGCAGCCCUGCCAAAUUUGCACGAAAACUUCAGUGCUGGACAACAUACAAACUCGUCCAACCCAAUACACCAGAUAGUCCAUGUACACCAUCACUACCACUACCAUAUCGCAAAGCCAGAUGCCUUUCUUCCAUUUCUGCCCUCGGAGGCAGAAGCACGGCGUGAAGAGCCCCCAAAGGAACCAUAG